GCCGAACCCGCAAGCCAACCAGAUCCGAACGCCUGGACCCCCACGUACUCCAGUCCGCCUCUCGCUUCUUCCUCUUCUUCCUCCCUGCUCCGGUCGCGCAGCACCGACCGGUGCGCCCGCCAGGAGACUGAAGAGCCCGGCCGUGCGAUCUCCGUUCCAGGUUCCCGUCGGGCCGCCGAGACUUUGAUUCCUCCGAGAUUUGUUCCGUUUGCCUCUCGCCCGAACUCAGCAGGCAGCCCCGUCGCCCCUCAUCGCCUGAACAGAGAGCAGCGACCGCCUUCGCCCCUCUCAGACGGUGGCCCUCCGCUGCUUCGUCCCCCAAAGCCUCCCCCUGGUGCACCACCGUGUACACUGCAGGCAGGCAUGUCUGCACAUUGAAACUAGCAUUAGACCCUACAUGAUAAGAAAGCAUGGCGCCAGGAAGCAAGGCAGAGAAAAAGGCAGCAUUAGAUGCUGGGGCAUGGAUGUUCAAUGUUGUCACUUCUGUUGGCGUAAUCAUGGUCAACAAGGCCUUAAUGGCUACACAUGGUUUUAGCUUCGCUACAACAUUGACUGGUUUGCAUUUUGCAACUACCACUUUGAUGACAUUGGUAAUGAAAUGGUUAGGAUACGUUCAGCCAUCUCAUUUACCUCUGUCUGAACUAGUAAAAUUUGUCUUUUUCGCAAACCUAUCUAUUGUUGGGAUGAAUGUUAGCUUGAUGUGGAACUCUGUUGGAUUCUAUCAGAUUGCGAAGCUAUCCAUUAUUCCACUUCUAUGCGUUAUGGAGGUCCUCUUUGAAAAUUUCCGUUACUCGAGGGAUACCAAGCUUAGUAUAGUGGUUGUCCUUGUAGGUGUGGGAGUGUGUACAGUUUCUGAUGUUAGUGUAAAUGCACAAGGAUUGAUGGCUGCCAUAGUAGCAGUUUGCGGCACUGCAUUGCAACAACAUUAUGUCAAUUACCUUCAACGGAAGUACUCUCUUAACUCACUCAAACUCUUGGGCCAUACUGCACCAGCUCAAGCAGCUUCACUGUUGAUAUUAGGUCCAUUCGUGGACUUCUGGCUGACCAGGAACAGAAUCGACAGUUUUCACUACACCAGCACAGUGACGUUCUUCAUUGUGCUCUCAUGCCUGAUUGCUGUCGGGACCAAUCUCAGCCAAUUCAUAUGCAUUGGAAGAUUCACCGCUGUAACGUUUCAAGUGAUAGGCCACAUGAAGACUAUUCUCGUGCUAACCCUGGGAUUUCUGUUCUUUGGGAAAGAAGGCCUGAAUUUCCAUGUCGCGAUUGGGAUGAUCCUCGCGGUGGUAGGGAUGAUAUGGUACAGUAGCGCAUCCUCGAAACCCGGAGGUAAGGAGCGGCAGGGUGUACCCAGCGAAAAGGCUCAGAAGUCAUCACAGUCGGAACUGGACGAUAAAGUAUGAGAUGGAAGCCUUGAAGUUCUUACCGUCAGCUAUAUGUAUGGCUCCCGGCUUGUAUCGAAUUAAAGGACCAUGAGCUUUCCUGGUUUGUACACGGUUCCUCUGAGGAAUGUUUCUACAGAGAUGUUAGGAAUGUAGGUCACAACACAGCAGAAAGAGAGUUCAGAACUUGUCAGGAAAAUACUCCUGCACAGGCUACGUGAGAAGACAUUUGAAGUUUUGUAAACUGUAUUUCGUCAGUGUUGUUUCUUCAGUCUUAUUAUACACAUUUACACUUACAAAGUUAUCAGGCAUAGUCACCUUAGAAGGGAGCACUCUGCCCAUGAGCCCGCCCACUGGUAAUAACAAAAUAAGCUGUGAACUCUCA